AUGCAAAUCAAAAACCUCAUCCUCCUCUCAACUGCCCUGCUCACCAGCAGCCUGGCCCUAGCCAGCACCCUCGACAGCGACGACGUCCCCAACCGCUGCUGGCAAGUUUGCGGUCCCGUAGUCGGCAUCUCGCACAAAUGCGACGCGAUGCAUGACAAUGACUCGGCGGAGAGAAAGUGUGUCUGCGAGUGGCAGCAGGCGCCGACGCUGGUUCCCUUGUGCGAGGCUUGUAUUUCACAGUAUCGGAAUGAGACGAAGCAUGAUGAUGAUCGGGAUGAUGAUGACCGGGACAACGAUCGAGACGAUGAUCGAGACGAUGAUCGAGACGACGACGAUGACCGAGAUGAUGAUAACGAUAGAGACAACGAUAGAGACAACGAUAGAGACAACGAUAGAGAUAACGACCGUGAUAAUGACCGGGAUGAUGACGACGACGAUGACCGGGACAAUGACCGUGACUCUCGUACCAAGCUCUCGAUUAAGCGCUCCACCCGCAAAUCCAAGCGCGACGACCCCCACGACAACGACGCCAACGACAUCCUCCGCGCCUGCUCCUUCACAACCACCAGCUACAACCCAACCGCCGCAACCUCCGCCAUCAGUGCUGCUUCGACUCUGAUCCCAAGCACUUCUGCGACUGCAACCGGUUCUAGUUCUAGCUCUAGCUCUGCCUCUGGUUCUAGGUCAGGCUCUGGCUCUGCUUCUUCGACUGACAAUGACACAAAUGCGGCAUCGGGUCAGGGUGUUCCCCGGGCUGCGAGUUUGGCGGCUGCUGUGGGGUUGAUUGGUUUGGUUUGGUCGUAA